CCAUUCCCAUCCGCCAUUGCGAUCAUUGGCCCGACGGAUGCUUUGGCUUGCAACCGUAAGGGCUUGAAGCGGGGGAAGCGCGUGGCUCUUCUUCCAAGUUCGGGUCUCGAGAACCGCCGCGAUGCCGAAAGCCAAGCAGAAGCAGCGUCGGAAGAAGUAUAAUUAUAACGUCGACCGCAAAAAACUCAACCGGGCUUUCCGCAAACGGUCGGCGCCUAAAAUAAAAUGUGCUCAAAUCCGACAUGCCUGGGAUAGCACCAAAUCGGUUUCUAAGAAUUUGGCAGAAAUGGGCUUGGCUGUUGAUCCAAACAAGGCAAUUCCCAUUCCUAAGGAUACAAAAAUGGAACUUGGACAAGAGGCAGGGACAACAACUGUUAGAAAGCCGUAUGUAAUAAAUGAAUUGGAAUAUGAAGCCAGCUUCCCAGAGUUAAAAUCCGAGACCCUCUCCAGAGAUCUUAUCGACUACGUCAAACACAUGAUUCAGAAUCAUGGUGAAAACUAUAAGGCUAUGGCUCGUGAUGAGAAGAACUAUUACCAGGAUACACCAAAACAAAUAAAGAGGAAGAUCAAUGUGUAUAAACGCUUCUAUCCUGAGGAGUACCAAGCAUUCAUUUCAUCUCUACGACCAGAAAAAAUGGAACAAUAAUUAUGAGGAGAAAAGUUGUUGAAACAUUAUUUCAUCUGCUGGCAUGGAUUUAAAUGACAGAGAUUGGAAAGCUAAUACUUGAAUUACAUAAAAUAUUGCCUUUUAAAGAGAGAUAAGAAAAUACAGAUGAAACUUUGAUUCUCCAAAGUUCUGCAGAAAUUUUAAGUCCGCUUUCAGGUUUGUUUAUUUCACUAAAGGUUCUUCAAGGUAAAAGAACUCUUUGUGACAAAAUAUUUUUGCUUUGUAGAGACCUUGAUUGACAUAACCUUGAUUGACAUAACCUAAACCUAGUGUCAAUAAUAGAGAAUGUUGAAAAAAUGUUAGUUACAAGAGCAGAGAUUAAUUGUGCACCAACCUGUCCGCUUCUUGAGCAGUUUGGAAAGACUGCACAAUAAUAGUAGCCUCAAAUAGUAGUUUCCUUUUUCAGAAAUAAGAUGUGGACUUCAAG